AUGAAAUGGAAGAUUCGUAUCACGUUUGGCGUAAUCGUUUACAUUGCCAUUCACGCUGUUGUUACGAUAGUUGAUAAUCGCCAAGUCAUUGAUAGAACUGAAAUCACAUCAAAGAAAGAAUACGAUGGACCAUUGCUAAUGAAGGAUUUUGAUAAUGAAAAUGCUCAUAUUAUCAGAUCGGCUGUCCUGAUAGAUUCAAAGUUAGCCACGUCUAACGAAGAUUCCAUACUUCUGCGAGAGAUUACAAAUAUCACUUAUAAUAUGCCUAGCAUCCCAGAAUCUUUUAUGAAGAAAUUCCGACAAUUUGCUCAAAAAAUUCAUUCGGAAUCCGAUGAUUUUCUUUUAUUUACUCUGAUAAACAAAGUGUAUUUGAAUUUGACAUUGAACUGGUUAUGCAAUGUCGCCAAAUUCAAAUCAAGAAUCCAUCAGAAAACACUGAUCGUUAGCACAGACAAAUCAACUUGUGAUAAAAUUCUCGCGAACUGGCCAACAGUAUCAUGUAUUAAUUUUGCCGUACCUUUAGGUUAUAAUUCAGUGUUGUACUGGGGACGACAAGAUUAUAUCAACCUAUUAACUUUACGGGUUCAAUUAUUAUUCGCUUUAACAGAGAUGUCUAUACCAUUCAUAUUAUUCGAAACCGAUUCUACAUGGUUCCGUGACCCCAUGCAGUUUUUUGGUAAUCAGAAGCUUGUUGAUGAUGCCGAUAUAGUAGUUCCAGUCAAAGGUUAUUUCGAUAUGGGUCAGACUAUUACAUUCGAUCCAAUGAUUGUUUAUCCAACUAAUGGAUCACAUAUUUUGUUCACCGAAUUAAAGCGAAGAUUAUUAAAAGACUCAAGACUUUUUGAUCAGGAUGUCCUUGAUGAACUUUGCCGAUAUCAAUAUAACGGUGUAAUUUGUCGGAAUUUCGAAUGGGAUGAUAUUGCUGACGGUAAAUGGUUUCGUUUAGCAGAUGCUGAGCGAGUUUCGAUUAAACCCUAUAUUGUCAAUAACAAUAAUAUUGUUGGUGUACGAGACAAGAUGAGCCGACAAGCAUUAAAUGGCUUGUGGUUUUUGACUCCUAAAGGUCACUGUGUAAUUUCUAAGGUAGAAAACGUGCUCAAAAAGCAUUCAAUUAUAGUUCAAGCUAAAAAAAAGGCGAAAGUUGAAUAA